CGAGAACGGGAGAAGGACUGUCGCCUCAGCUUGUGUCAGGGACUGAGUGAAUCACUUCCUGCGACAGGGCUACGUCACUUCCUUUCAAGCUAGGCGUUUGGCUGCUGGAUACUCACGCUGGGCCAACAUGCGUAUCGAGAAGUGUUACUUCUGUUCGGGACCCAUCUACCCGGGUCAUGGCAUGAUGUUUGUCCGCAACGAUUGCAAGGUGUUCAGAUUCUGCAAAUCCAAAUGUCAUAAAAACUUUAAGAAGAAGCGCAAUCCUCGCAAGGUCAGGUGGACUAAAGCAUUCCGGAAAGCAGCUGGUAAAGAGCUGACGGUGGAUAAUUCAUUUGAAUUUGAAAAACGUAGAAACGAACCUGUCAAAUACCAGCGAGAGCUAUGGAAUAAAACUAUUGAUGCAAUGAAGAGAGUUGAAGAGAUCAAACAGAAGCGCCAAGCUACAUUUAUAAUGAACAGGUUAAAGAAAAAUAAAGAGUUACAGAAAGUUCAGGACAUCAAAGAAGUCAAGCAAAACAUCCAUCUUAUCCGGGCUCCUCUUGCAGGCAAAGGAAAGCAGCUGGAAGAAAAAAUGGUGCAGAAAUUACAAGAGGAUGUGGAUAUGGAAGAUGCUUCUUAAAGGCCUCAUUAACCAUUUUUCUACGUGCGUUGGAAAAUUCCUUUGGAGACUUGGGACUUCUGAAUGUUUGGUUCAUUUUUUUACACAAGGGCACUCAAAUGGAAAAUGAUUAAAAAA